AUGUCGGAGUGGGUCAAGAAGCACCUGACGACCGUGCGGUCCGCCGUGCUGGGCGAGGAGCCGCCUGAGCCCACCGGGCUGCAGGCCUUCUGGCAGUCGCUGGAUGAGUCCACCACGCUGAGCAAGACGCAGAGGCUCUAUGGAUUCUCAAUCUGCGCCGGUAUUGGGCUCUGUUUCACGAUUCUGGGUUUCGUGUUUUGGUUUGUGCCUACCACAUUUGCCAUUCUCUACACCUUGGGCAGCUUGCUUCUGUUCGGCAGUACGUUCUUUCUGAUGGGACCUUGGCGUCAGUUGAAGAGCAUAAUGAAGAGCAACCGCAUACUUGCCACGCUGGCAUAUGUGGGUUCGAUGAUCUUGACGCUGUAUGUAGCCUUUAAAUUGGAAGGGAUUGCGGAAGUUAUUGCUGUCAUAUUCCUGCUUAUCAUUCAAGUCAUCGCUCUGGGAUGGUACGUCUUGAGCUACAUCCCCUAUGGGCAGCAAGCUGCGGGGAGCGUCCUGGCCUCCGUGAUGAGUUGA